UUUUGGGUCACUUUUUUGUUUGUGUUGUGGACUUUGUAUUUAUUUGCACUGCUUUAACAACUUUAUUUAAGGUCCGUUUUGAGUUUCCUGCAUUUGGGUCCAAAUUCACCUUUGGUCUCCUUGUUGCACUUAAGCUAUUUGUGUACCUGCUGAAAGUGCCGAAUUCAGAUCCCGAUCCCGCCCAUUUUAUUUUUCAAAAACGCAAAAUCAGGCCUGUAGUGAUCCACCAUGUCAACUGCACAGUUUAUUCAGAUUUCAUUUUUGUAUUAUAGGGAUAAAAUAAUAAUAGAAAAAUGUCAAAUGCUGUGUGAAACAAAAAAUGUGGUCUGUUAGGCAUUCAGUUAUUUUUGCAGUCCAGCAGUUUCCUGGGUAUCUUUUUGAAAUGAACGUAUGAGAGGUGACAUUUCCAUCUCUCUGCCCCUGAAGACACCUCACUCCUGUCAUGCAAGAGUCCAUUCAGUUGGGAAAUUUGGCAGUAAGUCGACUAUUUAACACACCAUCACAGGAGGAGUUAACCUGUAGCAAAGCGUCUGGUUAAUCUUCUCUGUGCUCAGCCACGGGCUUCAAAGUGCUGCCUCACAGGUUGCUCUCAGCCAGUCUGGACGUUUCCUAAACGGAGCACAACUUCAAGCCAGGGAUGAAAAUAUCUGUACUGUCCAAGAAGCUGUGGUGCGUCCACAAACAGCUAAUCCUUGUGCUCACUCCACUCGUGUUUCUGCCUUUACUUUUUACUCUACCGGAGAAGGAGGGAAAAUGUCUUUACGUGGUGGUGCUCAUGGCUAUGUUUUGGUGCACGGAGGCCCUCCCUCUUGCUGUCACAGCCAUGCUUCCAGUCUGCCUCUUCCCAACCCUGGGAAUUCUUCCAGCCAAAAAAAUCUGCCCUCAGUACUUCAUCGAGACCAAUUUUCUCUUCCUCAGCGGUCUUGUGUUGGCAUCAUCGAUUGAGGAGUGGGGCCUGCAUCGCAGAAUAGCCCUAAAGGUCCUUAGUAUUGUUGGAGUAAAACCAGCCUGGCUCAUACUGGGAAUGAUGCUGACCUCGUCCUUCCUGUCCAUGUGGCUCAGUAACACCGCCACAACAGCCAUGAUGCUCCCUAUCGCAAAUGCCAUCCUGGAGAGCCUGUUUGGUGAUCUGGAAACCCUAAAACAAAAGUGCAAGUCUGUCGACGAUCACGAGAAUGCCGUAAUAAACGGUCAGUCUAGUGUAAAGCUGCAUUCACUGCCCUCAAUGCCAUCAGAAAAACAAAUAAUGGCAACAGAAGGGACUGAUACACCAGAACUGACGGACCCGAGGACAGCUGAGGAGAGCCGAGCAGAGGCACAGUAUCAGCUCAAAGUCUGGAAGGGGUUUUUGAUUUGUAUCCCUUAUGCUGCCAGUAUUGGAGGAACCGCCACACUGACGGGCACGGCGCCUAACCUCAUUCUGAUUGGACAGCUGAAAAGCUACUUUCCAGACUGUGAUCUUAUCAAUUUUGGCUCUUGGUUUGCAUUUGCUUUCCCACUCAUGCUCCUCUUCCUGUUUUGGGGAUGGCUGUGGAUUGCAUUUCUCUAUGGAGGAUUGAAUACAAGAUUGUGCUUCACAAAACAAGACAGGAGAACCCAGGCAGAAGCCAGAGCCAAGGCACUGAUAAAGGAAGAUUACAGAAAACUAGGGCCCAUAAACUUUGCAGAGGGAGCCAUCUCUUUCUUUUUUGUAUUGUUUGCCGUUCUCCUCUUCACAAGGGAUCCAAAGUUUGUGACCGGCUGGUCUGUGUUUUUUAAAAAAGGGUACGUUUCGGACGCGGUCACCGGUGUCAUCAUUGUGUCUAUAUUGUUCUUUUUUCCUUCACAAAAACCUUCUCUGAGAUGGUGGUCCGACCCUCAAGCUUUAAACACUCCUUAUGUGCCUCUCCUGUCAUGGAAAAAAGCCCAGGAAUCGGUUCCCUGGAAUAUCAUUAUGCUGCUUGGAGGCGGCUUCGCCAUGGCCAAAGCUUGUGAGGAGUCUGGACUCGCGUCCUGGAUGGGAGGCCACCUCCAGCCUUUGGCUCAAGUCCCUCCUGCUGCAGCUGUGAUGUUGAUCACUGCUUUCCUGGCUUGUUUCACUGAGUUUGCCAGUAACACUGCCACCAUUAUCAUAUUUUUACCUGUCAUUGCUGAACUGGCUAUUAAUGUCUCAGUGAACCCUCUGUACUUCAUGAUACCUGCCACAGUAGGAUGUUCAUACGCCUUCAUGCUGCCAGUGUCCACACCACCCAACUCGAUUGCCUUCGCAUCUGGACAUCUUAUGGUGAAAGACAUGGUGAAAACUGGCGUUGUGAUGAACAUCCUGGGUAUCCUGUCAGUCACUCUGGCAAUGAAUACGUGGGGCAUUGCCAUGUUUAAUUUGAAUACUUACCCUGAAUGGGCUGUCCCAUUUAACAAGUCUGCUCUUGUGACCAAUGCGCACUUAUCUGUGGCUCAGUCGCUUAAUGCCACGUUGUGAUCACACACUAGAUUUUAGCAAGAAGUUAGUAUAGAAGACGUAUCAGAAGAGUGAGCAGGGAGGAAAAAACUGAAGUAGAUACAGUUGUGAUCAGAAGUUUACAUGCACUCAUUGUGGGCAUGUAUGUCUCUGUAAUUUAGGGCCUUUAAUGACUUCUUUGAAAUAGACUUUUUAAUGGGUGGGAUGAUUACACAGCAGACAUUAUUAAUUGGAAUAUUUUGGAUUUUUGGUAAUCCACUCAGGGUUAAAAGUAUACAUAAAGAUUCACACAUAUACAUAUACCAGCACUAAUAUUGGGUCUCUUUGGUAGCCACCAACAAGCUUCUGGCAUAAUUUUGGCUGGAUACUCUUGUUCCAUGGGAAUUUCCCUAUGGACAGUGAGAUAAACUGAGAUAAACUUUUAGGUGAGAGACUUAAGACAUCUACCAAUGAGAGUGAAGAAUACUAUUGAUUGACAUAAAUAAAUUAGUGGGUCACCUAGGCAACCAGGACCUGAAAUGCCCACUAGGUGGCAAUUUUAAAGCAAUGCACAACGAGUGAAUCACUUCCAGUGUGGACGCAGCUUAAAAUCGUUACUGAAUUCCUUAGUUUCCUGUUGUUUUGAGUAUUGCUUAAUUCAAUUAGUAUUGUUGAAUGACUUUUAUGGUGGCAAAGAGAAACUAACAAUUGUAAAUCAAUUACGAUCACAAAUGAGAACAAGCCUUGGCCUUGUCAAUUUAAGACACUGUAGAAGCUUCAGCAACACGCAGUAAAAGAUUAGAAAAGAUUUAAGUGAAUGUUUGUAUAUAGAUAGAUAAGCCCUUUAUUUGUCACUUGCAUAUGCAGUGAAAUUGGAGCCCUUCCGACUGUACAUACAUUUCACAUACAUCAUAUUGGGAAGAUGAGGAGAAAAAAGAACACCAGAAUGAGCUCCUAAAGGAGGACAGUUUGAGAACAGAAAAAAACACCUCAGCACAGAGAGCACAUGAACACACCAUACAACAUAAAGGAAGUGCAUCGGAGGCAUUUAGAGGGGGAGGAGGGUGAUUGUAUAUCUGUGUCUGUCUAUAUAUUUGAGCCUGUAUGUAUACUUUUGACUUUAUGUGGAUUAGAGAAACUCCAAAGUAAAUUCAAACUUAAGAUAAGAUAACCUUUAUUAGUCCCUUGUGCACCUAAUUCUUUUUUUAAGUCAUAAAAGAUGCUGUAAAAGUCUUUCCACCCUUUAAAAAGUCUAGUUCAAAGAAAUCAUUAAAAGCUCAAAAUUGCCAUGACAUUCAUGCCCAUGAUGAGUGUAUAUAAAUUUCUCACUACAACUGUAUCUGUACUGUCACAGCCAGAAAACACAUUGUUCCAGCUGUUAAUGAUGCUUUGAAAAGGUUAUCAUAUUUGACUGCCUUUUUAGGCUCUCAAAGGUCUAGAUUUUAAGCUGUGAACAGAUUUCGUACAAAAGUGUUAGGUUUUAAAGACGAUGAAGCAAUACAUGAACUCAGUUAAUGAGAGUUGAUGUGUUGCUAAGUUUAAAAACUGCUGAAGUAUUUUACUCUCUGCUUUCUUAAAACUGAAUUAGAGCAACAUUUAACCUCAAACACAUGCUUUGAGCACUGAAGAGUGUUUUAUAUUUUUUAAAUAAUCAGACUGCAGAGUGUGCUGUUUGUAUUGUUACUACAGGCUGACCUCUGCUGGAAGAAGGAAUGAGACUGUGAAUAACACUUUUUAAAGUAUAUAUUAUGGUUAAAAUCAGUAAAAGAUUGUUACUUGUUUAUGUUUCACGUGGCACACUGCUAAAGCAAUACCACAUAAACAACAUUUUAAAUCAUCUCCUUUAUUAUAUUAUGAAUCUUGACUAAUGAAUGUGUGACUUUUGUUACAUGGUGAUCUGCACUCAUAUAUUGUGCUGUUAUAAAUAAAGCCAGUUUGUAUCUUGA